AUGAGACCUCAAAUCCUCCUCCUAACCCUCUUCCUCGCCGUCCUCCCUCUCUCGGCCGUCGCCGACAAACCCUGGGAGCCAAUCAAGGACGUGACUGACCAGCACAUCCAAGAGAUCGCCCAGUUCGCGGUCACCGACUUCAACCGGCAAAACCACGCCAACCUGAUUUUGAAAGCCGUCCUAGGGGGGAAGAGUCAGGAGGAAUAUGCCGGCACCAGAUAUAUCCUGGACCUCGCCAUGACCCAGCCAUCGUCGUGUUACCAGACCACGGUUCUGGAGUUCUCCUGGCUGCCCCACUACGAGCUUUUCUAUUUUGGAAGCGCAAAUUGCCAAGCUUAA